UAACUUUGCAUUCUACGUCAAAUCAAUUACAUUUCCAAUAUAUUUUUCUAGCAGAAACCCGUUUUUUCUUUUGUAUAAUUUUUCAAAAUGGAAGAUACAAAAUCAAUAAUAUUACCACGUAUUUUGGAAGCACUGUCGACCAGGCCAAAUUUUUGUGAAACUGUCGAAAAUUUGGCUCUUGAUUUGGAAGAUUAUCUCGAUGAUGGUUCCGAUGACCAAUCUCCUCGCAGCAUACGCAAGUCUUUAAAAGAGGCCUUAGAAGUUGGCCAAAGUUUGGGUAUAUUAACGAUGACCGAUGAUAACACCACCAUAAGAAUGCCUUUUAAUUUUCGCAAGCAUGGCGAUUAUGUUCUAUCGCCAGAAUUAAGAUCACAAAAUACGUCACGUAAUAAUGCUGCUAAUGACGGAGACGAGGCGGUGUAUGAAGAGAAUAGUCAGGAUGACGUUGUGGCUCCCACAACAAGGCGUAGAAAAGCUGCACAACCAAAAAGGUGGGCGAAUGGGAAUGGAACGGAAUUGAUUCAAAGUGCAGCCAUGUCACGUCGUCGUAAGGCCACAUCAAGUGGAAGACGCCCUGUUACCCGUAGCCGUCGACGCAGGUCUGCAAGGAGCAGGCGUCAGGCUCCAGAAAGCAGUCGCCGUCGCCGUAGGACCCGAAGAACUCGACACAUGUCACCAACACGGAUAUAAAAAGUUUUGUAAAAUGUUAAAAUUAUUGAAAGAAAUCCAGACUCGGAUUGUUUCACAAAUUUGGUUCCAUAGUUUCUAAAUUUAAUUAAUUUAAUAUUGUAUAUUUUAUUGAAUACAUAACUUGUCUUUUAUAUAAAACACACCUUUUUACUUCA